GUGGCCUGGCGCGGCCCCGCCCCGGCCCGUCACAUCCCGGGCGCCGCCGGGGCCGCGCGCACUUCCUGCUGGUCUCGGUCGGACGGUUUUGGCGGCAGCAGCUCGACCCCGGCGGCAGCAUGUCAGCAAGCGGCCCUGGAAGCUCAAAUGUUGCCGCAGGCAGUAAUCGUCGUCUUCAGCAAACGCAACACCAAGUAGAUGAGGUGGUUGACAUUAUGAGGGUGAACGUGGACAAGGUAUUGGAACGAGAUCAGAAGCUGUCAGAGUUGGAUGACCGUGCCGAUGCACUGCAAGCAGGAGCUUCCCAGUUUGAGACCAGUGCGGCCAAGCUGAAAAGAAAGUACUGGUGGAAGAACUGUAAGAUGUGGGCAAUAUUGAUAGCUGUUGUUCUCAUUAUCAUCAUCAUCAUCAUCGUCUGGAAUGUAUCUCCAUGAGUUACAGGAAGAAACUCAAAUCAACUGAAGAUGUCUGUCUUCAGCCUCUCCACUUCAAACCUGCUGUAUUUUCAGCCCAUCUUCUGCUGUUUAAAGCAAAAUUAUUUUGAUUUAUGAAAUGUUAACUUUACCUGGUUGCCUUAAGACACUCCUAAUAUAAAUACUAACAAGCACA